CUUUUCCAUUGAUUUGGUAGUUGGUACCUCUGCUUGCCUUCCAAUUGCUUUAGAUAGUUUGGAAAAUGUACAUCAAGGGAGGAGAGUUCGUAGGGUCGCUUGAAGGCACAAAUCUCCCCGGCGACGCGGCCCUGGUCCUCACCUCCGACCCCAAGCCCCGUCUCCGGUGGACGGCGGAGCUCCAUGAUCGGUUCAUCGAUGCUGUCGCUCAGCUCGGAGGGCCUGAAAAAGCAACACCAAAGACCAUAAUGAGGUUGAUGAACAUAAAAGGCCUCACACUUUAUCAUUUAAAGAGCCAUCUUCAGAAAUACAGAAUGGGGAAGCAAUCAUUAAAAGAACUUGAAAACUCUAAUGAUGGUCUCUCUCUCUCUCUCUCUCUCUCUCUCCCUCUGCGUCUAUGUCCACUGUGUCUAUUUGUGUGCAGUGGAAUUAGUUUGCUUCCAUUUGUAUCAGACAAUCACAGAAUAGGCAAAUUGUUAAUGCAUUUUUAAUUAUUAA